CUCUGUCACCAAUAUCUCCUACUCCUCGUCAAUGCCGAAUCUGCAAUCCCAUCUUACGGUCCUCCAGGCCACCGCGAAACGCUUCCCUUCCCGACCUGUCUACAAAGUCGCCAAUGUCAAUGGAGAUGAAAUCGAGCAUUGGACGCCUAUCACCUACAGCCAAUUUCUGCACGAUAUAGAGGUCUCCGCAAGACGUUGGACUCGGGUACUACGACAACUCCGAGUUCCACCGCGAUCAGUAAUAGGCUUGUGGCUCGGCGGUCUCAACUACAUGGAUGCGACCACAAUUUAUGGCCUUACACGAGCGGGCUACAUCCCGCAGAUGUUCAGCCUACGACUACCUGAUCCGACAAUCGUCAUCGAGCUGCUUCAGAAGGCCACCGCGCGGGCCAUUUUCUACGAUACGGCUUACGCGCCAGACCUGGCAGCGUUUGGGUGCCCGGUGCCGACUCUUACGAUCACCGAUCUCCUCAUGGCCGACAUUACGAGCGAGCCUUUGCCAGCCAUGCCCUUGGCGGAAACUGGAGAAGAGACGGUCUUCAUCUUCCACACCUCGGGUUCUACUUCGGGAAGCCCGAAACUCAUUCCAUGUAGUUUCAAGUGGCUGGACGCCAUGAUCACCAAGGGUUACGCCUGCGUAAUCCCGCGUCGGCCUGAUGUCCAGGACGUGAACGUGUGGAUGGGCAGCAUGUGUCACAUCGGACAGAACUUUAUGUUCUGGGGGGCUAUGCAACACGGGACAUGUACCAUCAUUCCGACGAGAAUUGACUACAAUUCACCCGAGCUGGUGAACAUGGUACAUCACGGGGGGCUGAACCGUAUCAAUGCCUUCCCACCCUUCCUCUGCACGCACUUACGGAAUGCUCGGCAAGACCCGAAGCUUCUUGCGAUUCUCAAGGGCCUCGAUGAUAUUCUAUACAGCGGGCUCGAGUUGCCGCAAGAAACGGACGACUGGUGUCGCGCGAAUGGCCUUAAACUCACCAACAUAUACGGAUCCACAGAGGUCGGCGCAAUGAUGCUUUCCAAUCACGAUCCCCUGCCUAACGGCCGCUUCCUCCGGCCCAUGGAGGGCACUCAAUACGGCUUCUUCCCCACUUCCUCGGAGUCCGAGACUGAAUCUGGUCACGUCGACGUCCAUUCGCGUCUGUUGGAGUGUGUCAUCCUAUCGUCAUCCCCCGAUUGCCCUGACAAGUCGUUACGAGCGGCGGAUGGACAUUAUCACACCGGUGACCUGUUCGCCGAGGUGGCACCCGGCGCCUACGUUUUCCGGGGCCGUAACGAUGAUUGGAUAAAAUCCGAAAACAGCCUCCGGGUUGACACCAAAUCCAUCGAGGACAACGUACGCACGACCUGCAAGGGACUCAUCUCCGAUUGCAUCGUCGUCGGUACCGGUCGUCCCUGCCCCGCGCUUUUCGUCGAGCCCGCGGUCGACAUUGACCACGCUAAGCUCAAGAAGGAAAUCCUUCGUCGUAUCAAGCCCUUCCACACCCGCCGAUAUCUCCACGAACGCAUCACUUCCACGAAUUGCAUAGUCGUCGUGCCUGCGAACACACUCCCUCGGACUUCCACCAAGGGGAACAUUCGCCGGAAAGCCGUCGAGGAGCAAUUCAGGGCUGUCCUAGACCUCAUGCACGGUCGCCCAGCAAUAUAACCAGCCGAGUCCUGGACUACGCCCCGCUUUCGAAUUCUACGGACGGACUGGAGCUCCUAGUUGAGCCUGGAUAUGUAUUAGCACUAACGCACCGCAUCAUAUUUAUGUAUUCAUUAUGCAGAUGUUGAUUCUCAUGUGUUUAUCGUAGAUUGUAACCCACGAUACGGCACCUAAUGUCCAUAGCACUACUAGUUUUAGUGUAUAUACAAUGUAAUUUGGCCCUUGAUCGCAGUCUCUGGUAUUCAUACAGCAAAUGGAAUGGAAUGAAUAUCAUCCGACAUACAGCACAGCACGGAAGUAAUCAUUCCCAAGCUAUGGCCAGGGACGGCGAGCACCGUGCCAUGUCAAGCGCCGGUAUCCGAAACAAUUUCUGCAGCACCGAUCCGCCAUAAAAACCUUCCCACCUGCUGCGAGCCCGGCGUACGUAUGAGUCCAAUGACUUCUCCACGGUCGAUGGCGUGUCGCCGCCAUUCCCUUUCGUGUCCGGUUGCCUGCGCAAGCGUUGAAGCAGGCGGCAACGGCACGAUCGGUGCGAGAGAAAGGGUGACGUGCUGCGUGAUAGGUGGAUAACCCUGGUCGUCAGAUUCUGGAUUAACGAUGAGGGAAGCCAAUUCCGAUAUCAGGGGUU